ACGGGGGCGUGCCCCGAGCAUCCGUGUCGUAAGAUGGCGCUGCCCUUUGCGCGCUUGUGCCGCUGGGGAGCCAAACGAUGGGGGUUUGCUGCCGGGGAAGCCCGGAGAGGUGUCAGUUUUAAACUGGAAGAAAAAACCGCCCACAGCAGCCUGGCACUCUUCAAAGGGGACACAGGUGUCAAAUAUGGCUUAGUGGGAUUGGAGCCCACCCAGGUGGCCCUGAAUGUGGAGCGCUUCCGGGAGUGGGCAGUGGUGCUGGCAGACACAGCAGUCACUGAUGGCAGACACUACUGGGAGGUGACAGUGAAACGCUCCCAGCAGUUCCGUAUAGGAGUGGCAGAUGUGGACAUGUCCCGUGAUAGCUGCAUCGGUGUUGAUGACCGUUCCUGGGUGUUCUCCUAUGCCCAGCGCAAGUGGCACACCAUGUUGGCCAAUGAGAAAGCCCCAAUUGAGGGAAUUGGGCAGCCAGAGAAGGUGGGGCUGCUGCUGGAGUAUGAGGCCAAGAAGCUGAGCCUGGUGGAUGUGAGCCAGGCCUCUGUGAUACACACGCUACAGACGGAUUUUCGGGGUCCAGUGGUGCCUGCUUUUGCCCUUUGGGAUGGAGAGCUGCUGACUCACUCAGGACUUGAGGUGCCAGAGGGGCUCUAGCAUCUCCGUUACUGACGUCCCUUAUCAUGCUUUUUGGCCAGCCUUCUGUUGAAAAUGUCUGAAGCUGUUUUACUUUGCCCCAAGCAAUCAGUAGCUCCCACAAUUCAGUAUCAGGUCCUCUAUUCGGUCCUGUGAAAACUAGGUGUACAGCCAAGCUUUCCCCUCAAAUUACUGCCAGUUUUGUAAUUACAGUGGGUAUAUUU